AUGAACAUGCUUCUAUUGUUGAUGAAUGAAAAAAAUAGUCAGGUUCGACUUUAUACCAUUACUUAUACCAAAACUUUAUUGCAAGCACAUGCACAUCGUGAUCAUACUCGUUUAGUCAUGGAUCGUACAAAUGCAACUGAUCAUUUUGAAACGCUUUUGACAAAAGGUUUAAAUGAUGCGACUCCUACUGUUAAAGAAAUGUGUCGACAAGCAUUUUGGAUAUUUUGGGAACAUUGGAGAUCAAGAGGUGACCACUCAAAAGCAAUUAGAAAAUCAAAAAUAAUAUUGAAUAAAUCUGCUUCUUCAGGAACAGUGAUGCAACAACAUAGUCCAAGUGCAUCACCAAAGAUAUCAAAUUCAUUAAACCGUCAAGACUCAAUGCCUAUUUCUCCUUCUAAUUCAAAAUAG